GUUACGGAGCAGUCGUAGCUGGCCAGGCUUUAGGCCGCAUAAUGGCGCUCUGCACACUACCUCAUGUGGCAUGUUUGCCUAAAUCCUGCUUAUUUUUUGUCUGCGGGAACUCGUUGUGCCCCAGCCUCAUGUCGGAAAACGCGUGCCCCUUGCCCCUAUUUUUCUACCUCCAACGCGGAAUACCGACAGAUUCUUCUCCAGCAACAAAUAACACCACGCAAUAGAACCCACAGGUUCAGGGCAGGUGUUUGCUCAAGACGACGAGUUUCGGGGGAGAUACCUGGGGUGAAACCAUUGAUUCCGUUGUCAUCCGUCCCGUGGGCAUCACUCGUCUACGGCAAUUCGUCCCACCAUUCUGUACGACAGACGAGCGAAGCACCGAAACUAUGUUCCACCGAACACACCAUAGUAGGCAUGUCUGACAUGUCAUACGACAGCACAUUUGGACAGUCACACAGCAUAUUUAUUCCUUUUAUUACUAGCCUUACAGCUUGCGUGUAUGAAUGGCUGCCCCGGCCUUUUUGACUGCGCAAUCGAGCUCCCGGACCGGAGAACACUAUCGGGUCGCACAGCGAGAACAAUUGGCUCGACAACAGCACCAAGAUGAUAUCUGCAAGUCGGCAACAUAAUGAUAGAUACUCAGACACAUCAUACAAGAGUGUAUUAGAAAUA